AUGAGACACCGGCUGCUCUCGGCGCUGAUUACGCGAGGUUGCCACUCGACUCCGCCACUGAAGCACGCGCUGGCCAACAUAAACAGGCGCGCUCAGUGCCAUAAGAGGCUCUUCCACACCAAUAUCGCAAACAACAACGCAGAUAGCGUGACCUUCGUGUUCGUCAACCAGGACGACAAGGAGACGGAAGUCACGGUGCCAGUGGGCACCACUGUACUAGAAGCAGCCCACAAAUUCAACAUACAGCUCGAGGGUAUGCCCACAGGACCGCCCGUCAUGAUGCGCAGGAGCAUGCGACGGAUGUAUGGCCUGCUCCACGUGUCACACGUAUACGACGCGCUCCCGGAACCCGAGGAUGCAGAGCUGGACAUGCUGGACCUGGCUCCGUGCCUCACGAACACAUCUAGGCUAGGAUGCCAAAUCAAGCUCGACACCUCCCACCAGGGGAUUCGGGUACAGCUGCCGAAGAUAACGCGGAAUUUCUAUGUAGACGGGCACGUGCCCAUGCCUCACUGA